AUGGCUGAAAAGCUAGCGGAGCUUCGUCGCAAGAUGUCGCAAGUGGAUGACAUGAAGCGCGUCGUGAAGCAACUCCAGAAGGACAUAGCGAUUUCAUCAAUUGCCGCAUGGAUGGGCACUGUUCAGGAGGAGUUAGCAAGCGUACAACAGCAGCUUCAUGAUGCAAAGGCUCACACGGAGCCCCAACCAUCAGGCCCUGAGGUGCAAGCGUCAGCGUUUCAGGCACAACAUCUGGGAGUUGACCCAGGGCCCGCAGAUGCAGUGCCAUUUGGGAGCAGGGCGGUCACGUGCGCUAUCCGUCCAGAAAGGAAGCGGAAUAUACUGCCCCUCUUGCCUUUCAUAUUGCCAUGGCUUCGAGUUGGUGGGCCUGCCGUGUUGGCUUUGCCAAGCGUCCAGUGCACGGGUCGACCUGGACCCGAGGGCGCUUCGGGAGUGGGCCAUGCCCCCUCUCGCUGGGGCUGCGUCCGAGCGAGGCUGCUCGAGUGUCCCGGCGAGUGGAGGUUCACAGUGUUCUCAGAGAGGUUUUGUCGAGUCUCAGUGCUGACCUUGUUUUUCGUGGAGGGGAAGACUCUGGCAUGCGACUGCCCAUGGAACUAUGCUUGCGAAGGCAACCUGUUGGUUGGUCUGGCCUGGUCUUUGAGGCACACGAGCCCCGGUGCAACCCGGCUUCACUGCCGGAUCACAAGUCGUGCAUCUGAAAAGUGCAUGGACUGA